AUGGAGGAGGAUCAAGAGCAGAUGAGUUUCACGUUUGAGAUAGAUAACUUCUCGGGCAAGGAAGAUAGGAUACGAUCACCAACAUUCUCAAGCGGCGGCUGCAAAUGGUAUGUUGACGUUUUUCCCAAAGGAGACCAUGUUGAUGAUCACUUAUCUCUCUACCUCUUAGCUGCAAAUCCUAAAUUACUGCGACUUGGAUGGAGAAGGCGAGCUAAUUUUUCCUUCGCUCUGUUGAAUGAAUCAGGCAAAGAGGUCUUCAGAACAGAUGAACUGUCAUGCAAAUUGUUUUGCGAUCAGUUCUCAGGAUGGGGUAUGCCAGAUGUCGUACCUCUUAAAGAGCUUCAAGAGAAAGGGUGUUUGGAGAAGAACAAACUCAUAGUGAAAGUGGAAGUAAAAGUAGUUGAAGUUGUUGAUCAAGGAGUUGUCACUGGGAAUGAGACGUUUGAUUUCGAGGGUUUCCAAGUUCUUUAUUCUCAGGUUGUUACAGUGAGUGACCUUUUCUAUGAACACCCGGACUUUGCAGUGAAUGUCAGACCAAAGAACCAAUUGGUGAAGACAACAUACAUGAAUCUCCUCCUCGCUCUCGUUGAGACAUUGAACAAGCCUCCACGUAGAAUCACCGACAUUGAGCUUAGCAACGCUCAGAGUGAGUUGAUCGAUUUAACAGAAGCAGGUUUCAAGCUAGACUUUUUGAAGACAAAGCUUGAUGAGAUUUCCUUGGCAAGGAAGAAAGCAAAAGCUGAUGGUUCUCGAUUCCGAGAACUCGAGGAAGACAACAAAAUUCUCAAAGCUGAACUGGACGAGGGGAAGGUCAAAUCUGAUACUUGUGCUGCUAAAGCGUUGUCGUUGGAGCAAACGGUGUCGGAACUUCAAGAUCAGCUGAACAAGGAGAAGAGGAAAUCUGAUACUUAUGCUGCUCAAGUGUUCUGGCUAGAGCAGACAGUGCCGAACAAGAAGCCGAAAUUAAGCCCUCACUAG